CACACUAGUGUACAGUACCGUACGGUGCGCUACGUUACGUGUGCGAGUCAGUGGUUUUUCGAUGAUGCCUUGGUGAUGACGGAAUUUUAAUAAUCAAACACGUCUUAAAACGUUGAGAUAGAUCAAGAAAAUACCGGUCGAUCAUGAAGUUCAUCGUGUGUAUUAUCUCAACACUGGUACUGCAGGCAUCGGCUUUAAUCCAAUCUCCACCACGGAUAUCCAAACAACCCCCAACAGAUGAGCAGUUAUUUCAAGUGGCUCAAGCGAAGAUUAAUGAGAAUGACAAACCAUUUUUAAUUGAAUGUGAAGCAGAAGGAGAACCUGCUCCAAGGUAUCGAUGGAUUAAAAAUGGAAAGAAUUUUGAGUGGCCAGCAUAUGAUGACCGUAUAUCUCAGCAACCUGGUAGAGGCACACUGGUGAUUUCUAGACCACGAGACGAAGAUCUGGGCCAAUAUCAAUGCUUUGCAGAGAAUGAAUGGGGAAUUGCAACGUCUAAUUCAGUUUUUGUUAGAAAAGCUGAAUUGAACUCGUUCAAAGAUCAGAAUCCUAUAAGUCUGGAUGCAAAUGAAGGACAGCCAUUUAAACUAACUUGCCAACCACCAGAUGGUUGGCCAAAACCAAAUGUAUAUUGGUUAAUUCAAGAUACUGCUGGAGGCAUCAAGUCGAUCAAUAAUUCGCGAAUGACUUUAGAUCCUGAAGGGAACCUUUGGUUCAGCAAUGUUACAAGAAAUGAUGCUUCUGACGAUUUUUAUUAUGCGUGUGCAGCUACAUCUGUAUUCAGAAAUGAAUAUAAAUUAGGUAAUAGAGUUUUAUUGAACGUUAUCUCUUCGGGAAUAUCUGCUAGUCAAAAUAAAUAUGAACCUGUUAAACAAUAUGUGAGUAGAAAAAAUGAAGUUGCUUUACGCGGCAAAAAAAUUGAAUUAUAUUGCAUACAUGGUGGAACACCAUUACCACAAAUCGUGUGGAGUAAAAAUGGCGAAGUAAUUAGAACUAACGAUAGAAUAAUGCAAGGAAAUUAUGGUAAAUCUUUGAUAAUUAAACAUGUUAAUUCGAAAGACGAAGGAACGUAUACUUGCGAAGCAUCAAACGGAGUGGGUGACGCGAAAUCGUAUUCUAUACAUUUACAAGUAAUGGCGGUACCAUAUUUCACUAUCGAGCCUGAGAUUAUAAAUGCGGCAGAAGACGAAACUGUAGAAUUCAAGUGUGCUGCUAAUGGAGUACCUGUCCCUGAGAUAAAAUGGAUUCAUAAUGGCAAACCGAUAUCAGAAGCACCUCCAAAUCCACGCAGGAAAGUUACACCAAAUUCUAUUAUUAUUGAAAAGUUGACUAAAAAGGAUACAGGAAACUAUGGUUGCAAUGCAACAAAUUCAUUGGGUUAUGUAUACAAGGAUGUGUAUGUAAAUGUUUUAGCUUUAGAACCCGAAAUUACUCAACCCCCCGCUGAUAUCGCUACAGUCGAUGGUAAAAUUGUGAGAAUUACUUGCCGUGUAUUUGGAGCACCGAAACCUGCUGUAAAAUGGAUUCGAAAUGGACAAGAACUAACUGGGGGACGAUACAAGACUUUAGAUUCUGGUGACUUAGAAAUUGAGAACGUAAUAUUCUUAGAUGCAGGCACCUAUACAUGCCAUGCGUCCAAUAAAUUCGGAGAAAUAGAAGCCUCUGGUAAUUUAGCAGUAAAAGAACAUACUAGGAUCACAGAUGAACCAGAGGAUUAUGAAGUUGCUGCAGGUUCUACUGCAACUUUUAGAUGUAACGCUGUUACAGAUUCCAGUUUAACACUUACAAUCGAUUGGUUGAGUAACGGCGAACCCAUCGAUUUUGAGAUGGAACCACGAUUUAUCCGAAGUACUGAUUACUCUUUAAUGAUUACAAAAACGACUGAACUAGAUACCGGUACUUACACUUGCGUUGCUCAUACCGAGCUGGAUGAGGCAAAGGCACAAGCUACACUAGUUGUACAAGAUGUACCAAAUCCGCCGAAGUUAGUUAGUGUUAAUUGUGCAGGGAGUACAGCUACUAUACAUUGGACUCCAAUGGGUGAUAACAGAGCACCAAUUUUGAGAUACACUAUUCAACAUAAUACCAGUUUCACUCCAGAUACAUGGGAGAUAUCGAAAGAUCCUGUUCCAUCAACUGAACAAACAUAUGAUGUUCCGAUGUCACCUUGGGCUAACUAUACAUUCCGUGUAUUAGCAUGGAAUAAAAUAGGUCCUUCGUUGCCCUCACCGCAUAGCGAUGUAUGUACUACGUUACAAGACGUUCCUUUCACGAAUCCCGACAAUGUUAUGGGCAAGGGAACAACACCACAAAAUCUGGUUAUAUCUUGGACAGUAAUGCCACAAAUUGAACACAAUGCACCCAAAUUCAUGUAUAGAGUAUACUAUAGACGUGAUAUACCAGGAGAAAAAUGGACUAUAGAAGACAUACAUGAUUGGAAGAAGAACAAUUUGGUUGUAGAUAAUCAACCAACCUAUCAAAGAUAUAAGAUUAAAGUGGUAGCUAUUAAUGAAAGAGGAGAAUGUAGAAUUGCACCUGAAGAAGUAACAGGAUACUCUGGAGAGGAUGUACCAUUGCAAGCACCGAGUAACUUUACGUUAAAUCAAGUAAAGUCAAGUACAAGCGCACAAUUUUCGUGGAAUCCGGUCCCUGAGGAAUCGGUACGGGGCGAAUUACAAGGAUACAAGAUCCAAACGUGGACAGAAAAGGACGGUGAAAAGGGAAUGCGAGAAAUCGAUAUAAGAGGUGGUAAUAGGACUCAUGCACUGGUUACCAAAUUUGUUCCCUUCAACAAGAAUUAUGUUCGAAUAUUAGCAUACAACGGACGAUAUGCUGGGCCACCUUCUGAAACUUUAAGCUUUGACACACCAGAAGGUGUCCCAGGAACAGUCCUCAAUCUUGAGGCGUUCCCAAUGGGUUCCAGUGCUUUGUUUUUAGCAUGGACAAAACCUGCCGAACCAAAUGGUAUCUUGACUGGCUACAGAAUAUAUUAUGAAUCCGUAAAUGGAACCAGACUGGGACCUCUCUUGGAGAGAAAACCACAUAUUAUAGAUCCAGAAGCCACCAGUGCAAAAUUGGCUGCUCUAGCACCUGAUACGAAAUAUCGUGUACAUGUUCGAGCAACAACUAAAGUUGGUGAAGGAAAUGAUUACUUCAUCGAGCAAAAAACACGCACAUCUCAACGACCUGAUAUACCACAAUUCACAUGGGAAGCUAUUCCUAAGGAAAAUGGAUACUCGAAUGUAAGAAUUAUCUGGCAGCUGAAUCUCAAUGGGAAUCCAGGAAGUCACUUUUUUGUAAAGUAUAAACUCAAAGGUGAAACGAUACCACUCCAAACCGAACCAGAAUAUCAAUCGAACACGAUCGAAAUUCGAGGACUUCAAAGUGGUGAAGUUUAUGUGAUGUCUGUCGUUGCUGUUGAUGGUAACUACUUCACAGAAAGCGAACCACAAGAAGUAGAAACGAGUAGCGAAGGACCUAUCAUUCAGCCUAAAGAAAAUGUCGCAACCGCUGGAUGGUUCAUAGGAAUGAUGUUAGCAAUUGCCUUUCUUCUUUUGGUACUUAUAAUAGUAUGCGUUAUUAAACGUAAUAGAGGUGGAAAAUACGCCGUACAUGAAAGAGAAUUAGCUGCUGGGCGCGGCGAUUAUCCAGAUGAAGGCGGUUUUCAUGAAUAUUCGCAACCUUUAGAUACCAAAUCAGCAGGCGGUCGCGCUUCUCUGGCAUCUUCUUCCCAUCAAGAUGGAAAGCAUCCUGAAUCUGAUACUGAUUCUAUGGCAGAAUAUGGAGAGGGAGAUACAGAAGGUAUGAACGAGGAUGGAUCAUUCAUCGGUCAGUAUGGUCGACAUCGUAAACAGGAACCAAAUUCACAAGCAUUUGCCACGUUAGUGUAAGGGCGGUUUACGGAGGACGGCUCUUUCAUUGGACAAUACGGGCCCAAAGGUAGACCGGAAGAAACACCGCCCAUUCCAAGCGGCACUAUGGCCACAUACGUGUAACCUCUGGUAUUAUCUUAUUCAAACCGCAUAAACAUUGUUUUUUUGUCAGAAGUAAGGUAUCCAAUCCUUACUAGCUGCAGCAUCUCUGCUAUGCACCUUGCGCUGGGCGCAACGUCCAACACUAUACUGCCAAUUAGAUUUUGGUUUUGGGUUUUAUAGUUCACAUAGAAAGAUAAGUAUAAAUGUUUCUAUGUCGAGCCGAGUAAAGGCUAUAUAAGUCAUGCACAACGUUUGUACAUUCGUGUCAUUUAAAAAGUAAUUCCUCAUGGAUAUUUAACACACAUCUAGAUAUGUGUUACUCGAGUGUUUCAGCAAUUUUUAAUAUUUUUGAGAAACGUUGAUCUGCGAUGAUUAUUUCAUCUACGUGAUUGCGUGUGUUCCAAAGUACAAUUUGUUAGUCGAUCGAAAAUUAUUUAUAAUUACUGAAUUUGUUGAGAAGAUCUUUGACUAAUUAUAAAACCCAAAGACGAUAGAGGUGUCUCAUAGCGUGCAAGCUAUUUAUGGACAUAAUAUAGUAGAAAGUAUUCUAGCAUCGAUCGUAACAUUUGACAUGGCCAGAUUGGAAAUUGACACUUCCUGACCAUUACAGGGUAUACGAGUUAUGUUUAUAUUGUUCUAAGUAUGCGUAUCACAAAAAAAGGAAGUAUGAAGCACUUUUAAGGCUGCAUAUAGGAUUCACGUCUUUCAAAUGAAGAUAAUCAGUAUCAAUAAUUAAUUCGUAUUACCCGAAAAUUAGUUAAUACACGGCACAUACAGGUGUUACUUAUAUGCAAUCUUGAAAACGGAAGGACUCACAUUGAGCAUAGUGUCGCAAUCUGGCCGGGACUGAAACUAACUUUAAUUGAAAAAUGAGAAAAAAAUUGUUCUAAGAACCUUUAGAUGCAAUAAAUUUUUACUCUGCCGACAGAGGGCCAAAUAUAAAGAAUCAGUGACUAUCUACAAUUAUUGUGCACGUGCACUUUCAUUAAUGAUA